AUGGAGGCGAACAUCGUGAACGAGUGUCGCAGGCGACGCUUCUUCGAGACGCAGCAGGACAUCGUCAAGCGCAAGCAGAAGGACGCCGCCAGGCAACGCAAGCGAUUCUCUACUGCUCUUUCCGCCACACCUGUCACAUAUACGCGCGUGCCUCCUCCUGCCUGCGCCCUUUCUUCACGCGUGACCCGGGCAGCGGCCAGCAAGGCAGCAGCCAGAGACAUGCAAUGCCUGACCUCUGCACCUCUCGUGCUCUCUGUCUGCUCUCCACCCUUCCUCCCCUUCACAGGCGUGCCUCCUCCGGCCCGCGUCCCUUUCUUCACGCGUGACCCGGCGGCGGCCAGCAAGGCAGCAGCCACCUCCAAUGACGAUGAUGAUGACUUCUGGGAUGCCAAGGUCGAGCUGUAG